AUGUUCGCCGACACAACGCCUUUGGGCUUGCUCUUUUGUUUCUCGUCUCUUGUCAGCAUGUAUGUCCGUGCUGCUCCAAUGUUCUGGAAUCAGACCCAAGUCGCAUCUGUAUCGGAGACUGCCGGUAACAAUCGUAGGGGAGUGUCUUUCAACGAUGCGUCUUUUACAAAGUCAUUCAACACAAAUGGACACCGAACUACGUGGAUGUACAAUUGGGCAUCUUCCUUCAAAGGCCCGGCCGGUCCGUACGAAUUUGUUCCGAUGCUCUGGAGCGAUGCACCAAGCCUUACUCGCGACUGGUUCGCGAAUGUGGACAUAUACGCGAAGGCGGGCCCUGGAACCACCCAUGUGCUGUCUUUCAAUGAGCCAGAUCAGUGCGGCAACGGAGGCGCAUGUAUGCUCAAUCUUGGUAAAAUCGUCGCUGCACAUAAGAGAUGGAUGGAGCCGCUCCGUCGUUAUGACAAGAAGGUCUUGAUCGGCUCUCCUGCAGUUACCAACGGUCGUCGGAUUGGCAACAGAGGGCCAGUAGGGGUCGAGUAUCUCAAGCUGUUCCUCGAAGGUUGCACUGACUGCAAGAUAGACUUCGUCUGUAUUCAUUGGUACGGUUCAUACUCCGACGUCGAGCUUUUCAAGCGCCAUGUCAUCGAUACUCGGAACAUUGCUAAGACUCGGCCGAUCUGGAUCACAGAGUUCGGUGUGUUUGGUUCGGAUGCACAGAUACUUGGGUUCUUGAGCGUAGUACUCCCAUGGCUGGAUAGCCAGCCUGACGUCCACCGCUAUGCUAUGUUUUGGGCGGCCCCCGGCUUUCUCCUUAACCCUGCUGGAAGCGCAUUGAGUACACUCGGACAGGCGUACAAUCAUUGGUGA